CCAGUUAUUGUCCACUAGCCCGGCUAUGGCCUUCCGCGCCCGCAACGCCUAUGUCUCCACGGCCUACAGUAGCAGCAGUGGCCCCUCGGGCCGCUUCGGCGGGGCCACCUUCAGGGCCCCCAGCAUCCACGGUGGCUCGGGGGGCCGCGGGGUGUCCAUCUCCUCCGCCCGCUUCGUGUCCUCCGGGGCCGGGGCUGAAGGCGGGCUCCUGGCCGGCGGGGAGAAGGCCACCAUGCAGAACCUCAACGACCGCCUGGCCUCCUACCUGGAGAAGGUGCGGGCCCUGGAGGAGGCCAACGCCGACCUGGAGGUCAAGAUCCGUGACUGGUAUCUGAAGCAGGGCCCCGGGCCCGUCCGCGACUACGGCGCUUAUUACCGCACCAUCGAGGAGCUGCGGGACAAGAUCCUGGGGGCAACCAUCGAGAAUUCCAAGCUCGUCCUGCAGAUGGACAAUGCCCGGCUGGCAGCGGAUGACUUUAAGACCAAGUAUGAGACGGAGCUGGCCCUGCGCAUGAACGUGGAGACCGACAUCAAUGGGCUGCGCCGUGUCCUGGACGAGCUGACCCUGUCCCGGGCCGACCUGGAGAUGCAGAUUGAAGGGCUGAAGGAGGAGCUGGCCUACCUCAAGAAGAACCAUGAGGAGGAAAUGAAUGCCCUGAGCGGGCAGAUGGGUGGCCAGGUCAGUGUGGAGGUGGACUCUGCUCCAGGCGUCGAUCUGGGCAAGGUCCUGACUGACAUGCGGGACCAGUAUGAAGAGAUGGCAGAGAAGAACAGGAAGGAUGCAGAGGCCUGGUUCAACAGCAAGACUGAGGAACUGACCCGAGAGGUAGCCGUCCACACGGAGCAGCUGCAGACCAGCAAGUCGGAGGUCACUGACCUGAGACGCAACCUGCAGGGACUGGAGAUCGAGCUGCAGUCCCAACUCAGCAUGAAAGCAGCUCUGGAGGGCACCUUGGCCGAGACCGAGGGUCGUUAUGGGGUCCAGCUGGCCCAGAUCCAGGCCCUGAUUGGCAGCAUCGAGGCCCAGCUAAGUGACGUCCGGGUGGACUCUGAGCGGCAGAAUCGAGAAUACAAUUUACUCAUGGAUAUCAAGUCACGGCUGGAGCAGGAGAUUGGCACCUACCGCAGCCUGCUGGAGGGCCAAGAUGUUCACUACAGCAAUGUGCCCAGCGCCAGGGUCCUCUGAGCCCCAGGCCCGAGCCCUGGAACCCCUGCGGCUGGUGGAGGAGGAGAAGAGGAAGAUGGGGAGCAGGGGCGGCUCUGGGCCCAGGCCCAGCCUAAUAAAAUGUCUCUCUCA